UGGUUACUGUCCAAUACCACCAAAUUUCAUUUCGCCAUUGCUACGACGCAGCACAAGAUGCCGAAGCCACCGAUAAACCAGUUCUGGAUAUGGACUCUAUCCUCUGCAGCAGUUAUUGGGCUCCUGAUCAUAGCAUUGCCUUCACUGCAGUCUCUGUUGACGGGCUUGCCUACCAGCUCAUCAAGGCCAUUAAAUGAGGACGGGCACCAAGACACACAACGCACCAUCUACAACCCAAGUGAUGAUGCUUUACGUAGUUCUAGUGCUUCCAGAGAAAACUCAAAUUUUCUCUUCGAGUUUCUUGAGCGCCCUGAUAUCGAAUCGCUUGACAGCGCCAUUGACGGAGCAUGGAACCAAGCGAUGAACACUCCUCUUGGCGGUUUUCUCUUGGUUCGACAUAACGAGACGUAUAGCCAAGGUUGGGGCGUUAGCAUGUUCCAUAGCAUCCAUUGCUUGGGGAUACUGCGCUCUACGAUGCAAAAUUACUUCGGUCUUGCCUCCGACAAUGGUGGCCAUGGAGCGCAUGCGCAUGGCCAGCGCGAUGGCGCAACCUUGCAUGUAGGCGAGAGAAACCAUGUAGAACACUGCUUAGGAUAUAUCGGUCGAGCACUGUUAUGCAAUGGCGAUGACACUCUGGAGCCACCAUUUACGAAAUAUGAUGCUGAGGGCAAUAUAGUACUAAGUGCUGUCAGUGGGCAAGGGCAUCAGCAUUCUUGCCGUGACUCGACGCUGGCUUGGAAGACUGUGCUUGCGUCUGAGGAGAAUCCUGUCCAAUCUUUCGAUUGGUCUCCGGGAGCCACAAUCCGGAGUGUUUUUGGGAAGAAAUAGGCGUAUGAUCAUACGUAUGGCAACUUAGAUGGAGGAUAGUUUCCGAAUGAACAAAGAGAAGGCCUUUACUCUU